UUUGGUGAUAACUUUAUCAUCUUUAUAUCCAAAACUUUGUUCGCAGCAAUGAUAUCCAAAACUUUGUCGUCUGAAAACGUGGUUCGUAGCAACGCGCGGGUAAAAUGACUAAGUAGAAACCGUAAACAAAUUAAACGAAUAUCCAUCUAUAUGCGAAUAUAAACACUUGAAAACUAACAAAGCAUGUAAUUGAAAUUGUGUCUUCAUUCUUCAACAAAGAGAUUCAACCUACUUUUGUUUACAGGUGCGCCGUUGCUAACAUCUUCCGUCGUCCCUUGUGGAAUAUAUAUAUAUUUAUUAUAUUGCAACUAUGGCGGACUUGGAAGAUAUGCUUUAUGAAGCUGAAGAGAGACCAGCUGGAAAAAACCAGCAUAAUUCCCUAUCCCCUUCUAGGAGGCCAGAAAAGGGUUCUUAUUCUGCCACUAGGGAGCCUUCUUCUGCUUCCCUAGUUCCUUUGAAGAAAAGUUUGAAUCUUGCUGAACGAGACGAUGGACAUAGCCGUGAAGAUGAUGAACAAGACGAUGAUGUUGCCGAUAGGUAUGAUGAUCGUGAUGGUGAUAGCGAUGGCGACUCUUUUGAUAGUGAUCUUUACAUAGAUGAUAGGAAAAGACUUGAUAGAAUGUCUGAGUUGGAUAGAGAGUAUAUACUGGAAAGUCGUUACAAGAGAGCCGACAAGGAUAUGAAAAUUAAUAUGGAGAAGAAGAAAGAAAAGUCUAACCUUACAAGAAAAAUUAUCUCCCCACCUCGCACUGUAAGCUCUACAGCUUGCUCAGUGGAUCGUACGUAUGCAAAAGAAUAUGCAUUGAACAAGUUACGUAACCAAAAAAGAUUGCUUCAGCAAGAUCAAGAGUCUCAUUGGAAACACAGAGGCGGUGAUACAGUAGUAAAGCAAAGGAGCUUUGCAGCUGUAGCUGCUUUAAGUGCCUCAAGUCCCAGUGAUGCUGAAGAUGAAAGUUCAACAGGUGAAAUGGGUGAUAGCGAAGAUGACUCCUUUGAUGGUGAUCUUCACAUAGAUGAUAGGAAAAGGCUUGAGAGACUGCCUGAGUUGGAUAAAGAGUAUAUAGUGGAGACUCGUUAUUACAAGAGAGCUGAUAAGGAUAUGGAAAUUAAUAUGGAGAAGAAGAAAGAAAAGUUUAACCUUACAAGAAAUAAUACCUCCCCACCUCACACUGUAAACCGGGCAGUAUGCUCUUCGGAUCGCUCAGCUGAUCAUACAUAUGCAAAAGAAAUCGUAUUGAAUAAGUUACUCAACCAAAAAAGAUUACGUCAGCAAGAUCAAGAGUCUCAUCGGAAACACAGAGGCGAUGACACCGCAGUAAAGCGAAGGAGCUUUGCAGAACGAGCUGCUUUAAUGGUCUCGAGUUCGUGCGAUGCUGAAGAUGAAAGUUCAACAGGUGAAAUGGGUGAUAGCGAAGAUGACUCCUUUGAUAGUGAUCUUUACAUAGAUGAAAAUGAUAGGAAAAGGCUUGCUAGAAUGUCUGAUUUAGAUAGAGUAUAUAUAGUGGAAAGUCGUAAAACCAAGAGAGCUGAUAAGGAUAUGAAAAUUAAUAUGGAGAAGAAGAUAGAAAAGUCUAACCUUACAAGAAAAGAUACCUCCCCACCUCACACCGUAAACCGCACAGUACGUGCUUCGACUCUCAGCUUAUCGUACAUAUGCAAAAGAAUCUGUAUUGAACGAGUUAUCAAAGAAGCUUUUGCAGCACCAGCUGCUUUAAGUGCCUCGAGUCAUAGUGAUGCCGAAGAUGAAAAUUCAACAGGUGAAAUGGGUGAUAGUGAUGAUGACAAUGUGUCAAAGGAUUCCUCUGUACUUACAUACGAGGAUGUGAAGGGAAUCACCAUCAGUAGGUCAAAACUAGCUAGAUUGAUUAUGGAGCCUUUCUUUGAGGAGUUGAUUGUCGGUUGUCUUGUGAGGGUUGGCAUUGGGAAGUCAAAGACCGGACCGAUAUACUGUCUCUGCAUAGUUAGAAAUGUGGAUGCAGCUGACCUUAACAGACAAUACAAGCUGGGAAACAAGAUAAGUCAUAAAUAUCUGAAUGUUGUCUGGGGAAAUGAAAAUUCUGUUGCCAGGUGGCAGAUGGAGAUCAUUUCAGACUCGCCUCCGAUCAAAGAAGAGUUUGACCAAUUAUUUCAAGAGGUUGACUGUCAUGGUGGAAGGAUGCCCAGUAGUCAGGAGGUGUUGGAUAAGCGAGAUGCCAUAGAAAAGUCCUGUUCAUAUGUAUACUCUGCAGAAACUGUGAAGCAAAUGCUCCAUGAGAAGAAGUCGACAAUAAGGAGACCAUUGAAUGUUGCAACUGAGAAAGAUCGGUUAAGCAGAGUCCUGGAAGGAGCUCGACGGAAGCAAGAUGAAGUGGAAGUCAAGAAGAUUAAAGCAAAACUCCAAGAACUAGAAGCUUCCCGGCAGACUCAACAGAAAGAUAUGCAAAUUAAUAUGAAGAAGAAGAAACAAAAUUGUAACCUUACAAGAAAAGAUACCUCCCCACCUCACUGUAAACUGGGCAGUAGGCUCUUCUGCUCACUCCGCUGUAAAAGAAUUUGCAUUGGACGAAUUACAUAACAAAAAAAGAUUACGUCAGCAAAAUCAAGAGUCUCAUUGGAAACGCAGAGAUGCUGAUACAGCAGUUAUGCGAAGGAGCUUUGCAGCACC